AUGAACACAGAAACAAUGCAGCGGAAUCGUCAGAAUCUAGGGUCGCGAUCUUCCAAGCCUGCUACCAUUCAUAACUGUGCCCAAUCCGGAGACCUUCUUGGGUUCCAAAGGUUACUCAGAGGAAACCCUUAUCUCCUCAAUGAAAGAAACCCUGUUAUGGCACAGACUCCACUUCAUGUUUCUGCUGGUUACAAUAGGGCUGAGAUAGUUGAAUUUCUUCUUGAUUGGCAAGGAGCGGAGAAGGUUGAAUUGGAACCUAGGAACAUGUAUGGAGAAACUCCAUUACACAUGGCUGCAAAGAAUGGGUGCACUGAAGCUGCACGGUUGCUUCUUGCUCAUGGUGCUUUUGUUGAAGCCAAAGCAAAUAACGGAAUGACACCGUUACACCUUGCAGUUUGGUACUCCAUCGGAGUGGAAGACCACUCAACUGUCAAGACACUGCUGGAUUAUAAUGCUGACUGCAGUGCAGAGGACAAUGAAGGCAUGACUCCUCUGAAUCAUCUCUCACCAGGUCCAGGGAGUGUGGAGUUGCGUAAACUAUUGCAGUGGCAUCUUGAAGAGCAGAGAAAGAGAAAAGCACUUGAAGAAUGCUCUAAAACAAAAGCUAAGAUGGACGAACUUGAAGAUGCUUUAACUAAUGUAGUGGGGUUGCAUGAACUCAAGAGACAACUGAGAAAAUGGGCAAAGGGGAUGCUUUUGGAUGAGAGGCGCAGGGCCCUUGGUAUGAAAGUGGGUAUGAGAAGACCACCUCAUAUGGCUUUCUUGGGAAGCCCUGGAACAGGUAAGACCAUGGUAGCUCGAAUACUAGGAAGAUUACUCCAUAUGGUGGGAGUUCUACCUACUGACAAGGUAACUGAAGUACAGCGUACGGAUUUGGUUGGGGAAUUUGUUGGUCACACUGGACCCAAGACUAGAAGGAAGAUUGCAGAAGCAGAGGGAGGAAUUCUUUUCGUGGACGAAGCAUAUCGGCUUAUACCAUCGCAGAAAGUAGAUGAGAAGGACUAUGGGAUUGAAGCCUUAGAAGAAAUCAUGUCUGUUAUGGACAGUGGAAAAGUCGUAGUCAUAUUUGCUGGCUAUAGUGAACCAAUGAAGCGUGUGAUUUCUUCCAAUGAGGGUUUCUGCAGAAGGGUUACCAAAUUUUUCCAUUUUAAUGACUUCUCGUCUGAAGAUUUAGCAAACAUUUGCCACAUCAAGAUGAAUAAUCAGGAUGAAAGUAGUUCUUUGUAUGGUUUUAAAUUACAUUCUUCAUGCAGCGUGGAUGCCAUUGCAGCCCUGAUACAGAGAGAAACAACAGAAAAGCAGCGUAGGGAUAUGAAUGGAGGUUUAGUUAAUACCAUGCUAGUUAAUGCUAGAGAGACUUUGGAUCUCAGGCUUGAUUUCAACUGUAUGGAUACUGAUGAACUGCAGACCAUCACCUUAGAGGAUUUGGAAGCAGGCCUUCAACUGUUAUAG